AUGUCACGCCUGGUGCUGGAAUCCAACAACCAGUUCCUGCUGGCACUCAGCAGCGGCGCGUUCCUCGUGGUCGAACCGGAGGCCCACGAGCUCAACACCACGACCAUACCCACCGACGUGUUCUCCUGGAAGCGGGCCGGGGUCGUCGGGCAGAGCUCCGGCUCCACCCACGAGGAAAUGGAGGUGUUCGGGACGGUGCUCGACGGCGCCAAGGUGGCGGAGGCCUCCCGGGACAUCAUCAACCUCCAGGCGCUGGUCAACAGGGAAGGCUUCACGGUCAUGUACUUCAACGUCGGCGCCGGGGACAUGUACCUGAGGCCGGCCAGCCUGAUGCGGCGCCACAACGACUUGUUUGACUGGUCCAAGUACGGCGUCACGGUCCCCAAACCGGUCCAGACCGUGUGGGACCGGUUCCAGCAGGCGGCCGGCGGGGAGAAGAUGGUCUCCGGGGAGGGAGUGGGCCCGCUGAAGAACGACGUGGAGGAGAUCGAGAGGGCGGUGGAGAAGUUGGAGGUGCAGGUUGGUGUACUCAAGGAUGAACUCCAAGUCUUCGUCUGA